ACGUGGGGAGCGCACAGAGGGUGCAGGAUGGUGGCGGCUGCGGCGGCGCCCGGCGGCGGCAGCGGGUAGAAAAUGGCGGAUUUCGAGGCGCUGAGGGAAACAAAUUAGGUGUGACAUUGGGAACCUGUCAUGCCAUUUGGAAGGAAAGAAGAAUGUGCCAGCAGAAAGAAAUUCAAGUGGAUCCACAUUUCUGUACCUAAAAAGAAGUUUGAAUCCACAUCAGGUUUCGUUAGGGCUUGUAAACAAUGGAAAAAUAUGGUAUCAAGUUUUCGAGUUUCUGAACUACAAGUGUUGUUGGGCUUUGCUGGACGUAAUAAAAGUGGGCGCAAACAUGACCUCCUGAUGAGGGCACUGCAUUUAUUGAAGAGUGGCUGCAGCCCAGCCGUUCAAAUUAAAAUCCGAGAGCUCUAUAGGCGUCGGUACCCAAGGACAAUUGAAAGUCUGUCUGACUUGUCACCUGUAAAACCUUCAGUUUUCAAUUUGGAUAGUAGCUCCUCUCCUGUGGAACCUGACUUGGCUGUUUCUGGAAUCCACCCACUACCUUCUACUUCAGUCACCCCUCAAUCCCCUUCGUCGCCUGUUGGUUCUGUGCUGCUUCAAGACACUAAGCCUCACUUUGAGAUGCAGCAACCAUCACCUCCAAUUCCACCCGUCCAUCCUGAUGUUCAGCUAAAAAGCCUCCCAUUUUAUGAUGUGCUUGAUGUUCUCAUUAAACCUACAAGUUUAGUACAGAGCAGUAUUCAGAGGUUCCAAGAGAAGUUUUUUAUCUUUGCUUUAACACCUCAGCAAGUCAGAGAAAUCUGCAUUUCCAGGGACUUCUUGCCAGGGGGCAGGAGGGACUACACAGUCCAAGUUCAGCUAAGGUUAUGCUUAGCAGAGACUAGCUGCCCUCAAGAAGAUAACUAUCCCAAUAGUUUGUGCAUUAAAGUAAAUGGGAAGUUAUUUCCAUUGCCGGGAUAUGCUCCACCACCAAAAAAUGGAAUUGAGCAGAAGCGACCCGGCCGCCCGUUGAAUAUUACAUCUCUAGUUAGAUUAUCAUCAGCAGUGCCAAAUCAGAUCUCCAUUUCUUGGGCAUCUGAAAUUGGAAAGAAUUACUCCAUGUCUGUAUAUCUUGUUCGGCAGCUCACUUCAGCCAUGCUUUUGCAGAGGUUAAAAAUGAAAGGUAUCAGAAACCCAGACCAUUCCAGAGCACUAAUUAAAGAAAAGCUUACUGCCGAUCCUGAUAGUGAAAUUGCCACAACCAGUUUGCGGGUAUCUCUGAUGUGUCCUCUGGGAAAAAUGAGACUGACAAUCCCAUGCCGUGCUGUUACCUGCACACAUCUGCAAUGUUUUGAUGCUGCUCUUUACCUACAAAUGAAUGAAAAGAAACCCACCUGGAUUUGUCCUGUCUGUGACAAAAAGGCAGCUUAUGAGAGUUUAAUAUUAGAUGGGCUCUUUAUGGAAAUCCUCAAUGAAUGUUCCGAUGUGGAUGAGAUUAAAUUUCAAGAGGAUGGUUCUUGGUGUCCUAUGAGGCCUAAGAAGGAAGCCCUGAAAGUGUCCAGUCCUCAGUGUACCAAAAUAGAAAGUUCCAGUGUUGUCAGCAAACCAUGUUCUGUGACAGUGGCCAAUGACUUAAACAAGAAGAAAGUAGAUGUUAUCGACUUGACAAUAGAAAGCUCUUCUGAUGAAGAGGAAGAUCCUCCUGCCAAAAGGAAAUGCCUAUUUAUGUCUGAAACACAAGGAAGCCCAACCAAAGGGGUUCUCAUGUAUCAGCCAUCUACUGUAAGAGUGCCCAGUGUGACAACAGUUGAUCCUGCUGCUAUUCCUCCUUCGUUAACAGACUACUCAGUACCAUUCCACCACUCACAGAUAUCCAGUAUGUCAUCAGACUUGCCAGGUUUGGAUUUUCUUUCACUAAUCCCAGUUGAUCCACAGGUACUGGACACCCCUGGUGAUAUCGACCAAGAUAUUUGGACCAGUUCCAUCAGGUCCAAAGCACCAGAUCUUACGAACUUCAGAAACAUCCCACUCAUAUUUCUCUGCCAGGUAAUGGGCACGCUGCUUCAGUUCUUGACGGGAACUGACUUCUCCUUUGUCUAUGUCCUCUGCCAAGCCAUCGGGGAAGGGCCGAGCUUUCAUAUACAGCCUGUUGUGUUUAUUGGCAGAUUUGGACAAGCACAUCUGGCUCGAUUCUUCACUGACUGUUUCACGAUAAGAUACAACUGGGUCUGAUUUCUGCGAGGUAGCAAAUAAAUUCCAAUAAGAUUGUAAUAGUGAACAUCCAACAUUUUACACUAAAAUUACAAAAGGAACCUACUACGUCUUGUCAUUCCCACAUUUGUAUUAUUUACCCUUUUUAUAACAAAGUUCUAAAUCAUUUCUUUGCCUUAGGUAGCAGGUUUUAUUUUGUACUCCUGGGGGGAAUUCUAUGCCACUGCGCGCGCACACACACACACACACAGAGUAAUCAUGUCCGGUGCAAAUUCCCCCCACGCCCCCUAAAAUACAUUCUACCCAAGAAGUCCUGCAGUUCUGCCUUUCGACCACCAGAGGCUGCUGUGCUGCCAGAACACCUGGCUGACCUGCAGAAACGGCGUUCAUCUGCCUGUGGAACCAGGUUCAGAGGCAGAGUGGGGCACAUGGGGCUGUUGGGGUGUGUGUCACAGACUGAGGUUCAGAAGGGCUAGUGGGGUGGACAGACUGGGGUGCAGGCUCAGGAGCAAGUGGGGUGACAGCAUUGAGCCAGGGGCUGAAUGGGAGGUGGACUCCAGGACUACCUGGCGAUAGGGACAGAUGUGCCUGACUGAAUGGGAGAGGCUCGAGGUCAGCUGGUGUCUGCAUGGGGGAGGCUUCCCAACUCUCUAACAAUCUCCUUCUCCCCAAAAAGAAACUGUUCCAUACUUUUCCCACCCACACCCAACAGUCCUCCAGGAUUCACUCCCAGGCUCCUUCCCUCUGCCUCAGCUCCUCUAUUACCCCUGGCUUCCCCAUGCCUUUGCACUGCUUCUGAGAGGUGCAGGAAAUACUUUUCUGUAUUGUAGUUUAAAUGAAUUACCCAAAGUUCUGUAUUAAUAUGCCUAGUAAGGAAUCUUUGUCAAAAAAAAAAUUUCCUGAAACUUUUUUUUUGUCUGUAUUGUUACAGACAUACUUGCUAACAAGUAUUUUGA